AUGAUGUUGAUGUUAACAGUGUUUGUACUUGGAGGGGUAACGGUUCUUGCAGUUGAAGCUGUGGGAAUUGUUAUAUUAAUUUGGUGGUUUAUGAGAAGAGUUUCUCGUGAAAGAGGUAAAGGAAAACCACCUGAAGGGUCAUGUUGUUUUGCUGGGGAUAUUGAUCCAUCUUUCUACAACAAGCAGGGAAAAGUAUGGGUUCUGGAAUCUGAAAGAAUCCUGAAAGCUUUAAACACGGACAAAGCUACAAAGCAGCACAAGGCCCAGAAAGAGAUCUUAGACGUAAUACCUACUCAGAAAUUUGCUAAAAUCAAGAAUCACUCUCUCAUCCUAAUCGAAUCGGAUGGUUCCCAUACUGAAAUUCCACUCAAAGGUUGCAUGGUUGCGGCUGUUUCUGCUUCAAGCUUGUCCACUAGAAAAUGGGCAAAGAGAUACCCAAUUAAAGUUGAGAGCGGAGCAUCUGCUGUAUAUAAAGGAAAUAGAAUAUUUUACAUUUACCUUGAGACGUCUUGGGAGAAGGAAUCAUGGUGCAAAGCCCUUCGUCUUGCUUCCUGCGAGGAUGAAGAAAAAAUAAAGUGGUUGGCAAAGUUAAAUGUAGAGUUCCAUAAUUACCUGACGUCACUAAAUGCAGCAUAUCCUUCAUUUAUGAAACCAUCUUCAAGUUUGGGUGCUGAAUUAGUUGAUAAAUCAAGUAAGCCAGAUGGUUCCUCGUCAAAAGUUCGUCAAUUUCUAAAAAAGUUUGCCAAGAAAACUACCAAGAAUGCUCCAGAAAAUAAGGCAAGUUGCAGUUCAAAAUCAAGCUAUGAAGAACGAAAGUUGACUGAGAAAGGCAGUUCAUUCCAAGACCUUGACUUGGCUAGUAGUGUCAUGAAGGUUGCUCCAACAAGAAAGCCCCUUGAUUUUUCCAAUGAGGAUGUUAUAGUGCCUUCAUCCAUUGUAUCAUCUACUGGCUCUGUCAUUUCUGAUGCAGAUUCUGAUGACAGGACUAUUGGUGAUGAAGGAUCCCUUUGUUGGAAUUUGUUAAUAUCACGGUUGUUCUUUGAUGCUAAAAGAAAUGAGCAGAUGAAAAAUUCUUUGCAAGAACGGAUUCAGAGAACCCUCUCCAAUAUCCGUAGCCCCAGUUAUAUAGGUGAAGUAACCUGUGCAGCUGUUAAUGUUGGUGACCUCCCUCCCUAUAUACAUGCAAUGAGGGUUCUUCCCUCAGACAUGAACGAGCUCUGGGCUUUCGAAAUUGAUGUUCACUACUCUGGUGGUGCAAUAUUGGAUCUUGAAACGAGGCUUGAAGUUCAGGACCUUGAUUUACAUGAAGGGGAUGAAGCAAGUUUAGAUUCAAGUGCUGUUGAUGAUGUCAAAUCAGAUUUGUUAGAAGGUUUUGAGCAAUUCGGUGAACAAUUUAAGCAUUCUGACGAGAACGCGGAUAAGAUGGACCAAAGAAAUGGAGGUGAUACACUAGCACGUAACUUUUCAAGCGCGAGCAGAAGCUCUAAUUGCAUGCCUAGUGGCUCACCUCCUGGAUCUAAGUGGAAAUCAAUCUUACAUUCUGUGGCCAAGCAGGUUUCACAGGUUCCACUCUCGUUGGGGAUUAGGGUUGCAUCUCUACGAGGAACACUGAGGUUAUAUGUAAAGCCACCACCUUCAGAUCAAAUAUGGUUUGGAUUCAUAGCAAUGCCAGAUAUUGACAUCCAUUUGAACUCUUCCGUUGGGGACCGUAAGAUCUCAAAUGGACACCUUUUGUUGUUCAUAACCAGUCGAAUUAAGGCUGCUAUCCGUGAAUCUGUCGUGCUUCCAAACUGUGAGAAUGUAUGCAUCCCUUGGAUGAUAGCAGAGAAGGAUGACUGGGUUCCCCUAAAAGAUGCUCCAUAUAUAUGGAUUAAUAACAAAUCUGCAGGUAAUGCCAAGAAACCAGAAGCACGCAGCUCCCUUCCUACGGGUGCAACACAUGUUGCUGAAGCAGCUAGGAAAAGCACCAGUAAUGCCGAAAGUGAAUAUGAACGACGGAACAGAGUUGUCUGGGCUACUCAAAAGAGCAAGUCACUGGAUCCACACUCAUUAUACUCGGUUCCUAAGGCUCAGCCUUUCAAUACCAGAAGCCUCACUACUAGUCCAGAAAGAGCACACCUAAAGUCAAAGAAACAUCACGGGGAUACACUAGAGCGCAAGUCAUCGGAUCCACAGGUAUAUUUAUCAGUUAUGGGCCAGUCUUCAGCAGAAUUGCAUGCCCCCUUGCUGAACCACAAUGAACAGCUAGAGAGUCACCGCAUAAGCACAGAGGAGAACAUCCAAAGCAAUUCAUCUUCACCUUCUCGUUCAUCGAGUGCGCUAGAGGAACAAAAUAGUUUUACAGAAGAUGAUAUGAAGCCAAAAAGAACAGGUACAAGGGCUAGGAUGCAUGGUUUGCGGAAAAAAAUGGGGGAAAAGCUUGAAGAGAAGAAGCGGCACAUAGAAGAGAAGGGAAGACACUUAGUGGGAAGGAUGAGAAGCCACAAGGAUUAUUCGUAAAGAUGCAGUUUCCUCAGUCCAAGUUUUGAUUGCAAAAGGGAAAACACAGGCCAGUGUGUUCAAAGGCUGUUUCUGUUAGGCUAUGCACAAGUUCCACUCACAUUAAUUCAAGUAGCUGAUGAAAUAUUGCUCCAUACUCAAGUCUUGUGGCCUGAUCCCUUUGGAGAGGUUCUCUUCUCAGUUGUAAAAGUAAAAGAUCAUAACCCAAUAGGAACCCAUUUCAGGUACAGCCACAUAGUUAAUUUAAUCUUCUUCGUCUUGCUAAAUCGAUGAAUAUAUACACUUCUACCAACUCAAAUUUAUUUGACAAAAAUGGUCUGUUAAAUGCCAAUGCCUGAGGCAACCCAUGUUUGCACUUGCAGUCUAGGCAGUAGGCAGAUAGAAUUGGUAGAUACAAAAAGGUCACCAAAGAAACACGUAACAAUUGGAAUGCAAGAUUAUCACUUUC